GGGGCUGGCAGACCCACGCAGGGGCGGAGAGCGGGGCUAGUUCCCGUCCACACGGAGCGCUGCUGCAGCCCGGGGUGGAGUUGCAGGGCUCUGCCCAGGAAGGGGCUGGAGCAGCCGGUGCUGGCAGGAACCAGCCAGGGCGGAAGCAGGGAAAACAAAGAACAGAAACACGGGGGCAGCUCCCGGGCUGUGCAAUGCAAGGCGCUGCUCCCGCGGGGGUCUGUGCUGGGGGGAGCCAUUAACCCCUCCCUGCCCAGCCGGGGCGGGGGAACUUUCUCCAGCUGGGAUCAGCCCCUGAGCCAGAGACUGCAGUUCAUCCCAGCCUCCUGUGGGACACAGAAGGGAAAUGGCUGCCAUGGAGCCAGUUCAGGGGCCGGUGACCUUUGAGGAGGUGGCCGUGUAUUUCACCAGGGAAGAGUGGGCUCUGCUGGACCCCGCUCAGAGAGCCCUCUACAGAGACGUCAUGCAGGAGACCUAUGAGAAUGUGACCUCGCUGGGAUUUCCAGUAUCCGGACCUGAUGUGAGCUCCCAGCUGGAACGAGGGGAAGAGCCAUUGGUCCCAGAACUCCAGGACUCAGAGGAAAGAGAGAUCCUGAGAUGCACCUACACUGGUGAUGGGAUGGUGAAUGGGAGUGUGGAGCAGAAUUCUAAAGAGGAAGAUACUGAACAAGUGGAACUGCGCAGGAUAUUAUCACGAAAAUCCAAAGGGAAUGUGCCCAGGAGUUGUGAGCAAGGUUAUGAGCAUCAGCAGAGGCCAGAGCAUCAGGGAAACCAGACAGAGGAAAAAGUGGAUAAAUCCAUUAAUUGUUGGGAAACUCACAAAGAUGUCAAGAGAACCACAGCCCGGCAGAAGAUCCUCAAAGGAGAGAGAAGAAACACAGGCACGGAGUGUGGGGAAAACUUCAGUAGAGGCUCAGACCUUAUUAACCAUGAGAGAAUUCACACAGGAGAAAGACCCUAUGAAUGCUGUGAGUGUGGGAAACGCUUUGCUCAGAGUUCAGCUCUUAUGAUACAUCAGAGAAUCCACACAGGGGAGAGACCCUACGGAUGCUGUGAGUGCGGGAAAAACUUCACUAACAGCUCAGCCCUUAUUACGCAUCAGAGAAUCCACACAGGGGAAAGACCGUAUGAAUGCAGUGAGUGUGGGAAAAGCUUCACUCAGAGCUCAAACCUUACUAUACACGAGAGAAUUCACAGGGGAGAGAGACCCUAUGAAUGCUGUGAAUGUGGGAAAAACUUUCCUCGGAGCUCAGCCCUUAUAAGACAUCAAAGAAUCCAUGCGGGGGAGAGACCAUACGAAUGCAGUGAAUGUGGGAAAAGCUUCACUGAAAGCUCAGACCUUCUUAUACAUCAGAGAGUCCACACAGGAGAAAGACCCUAUAAAUGCAGUGAGUGUGGAAAAAGCUUCACUAAGAGAUCAGUACUUGUUACUCAUCAGAGGAUUCACACAGGGGAGAGACCCUACGAAUGCGCUGAGUGCGGGAAAAGCUUCACUCAGAGCUCAGCGCUUAUUGCACAUCGGAGAAUCCACAGAGGGGAGAGACCUUAUGAAUGCAGUGAGUGCGGGAAAAGCUUCACUGACAGCUCAGCCCUGAUUCAACAUCAGAGAAUCCACAGCGGAGAGAGACCCUAUGAAUGCCGUGAGUGCGGGAAAAACUUUGCACGAAACUCAGCACUGAUUACGCAUCAGAGGAUCCACACAGAGAACUGUGCCACCAGAGAGAUCGGCUCUGAGGCUCCUGUACAGUGAAUGGGGAGAGAUCAACGCCUAGACUCCUGAACCGUCAAUGGGGAGAAAUUGGCACCUUGGAAUGGGAUCCACAAAACCUGUCAUGCUAGGAUGCCCAUGACCGGGAAAUACUGAGCCCAACCCUCUGACAGAGAGCGGUGGAUCUCUGCUUCUGAUCCACAGACUGGGAACCAGCCGGCUUAGGUGCCUAAGUCAUUUCUGCUGAGAAUGAGGGAGGCACCUGCCUCAUUCCACCCCCAGCAUCCAGAGGAGAAGGCAGGCAGGCACCUACCAUAUCACGGUUAGCCUCGUGGGCAGAGAAAUCAGUCCUAAACUUUUCCUGAGGGCAACCCAACUGAAGUUUGACUUUUUGGGGACCCACCAUUAUCCCUUCUCUCCUCUCCCCUCUCCUCCCCUGCUCCCCUGAACCACCCUGCUGGUCUCCCUUCCCUCCCCAUCACCUCUCAAGCCGCCAGCUUCUUGCUUAUCCCUUCUCUCCCCUUACAGUCGUCGCGGUUUACGGCCGCAAGGGAGCAGCAGAUCAUCUGGGUCUGGCCUCAUGUAUAGCACAGGCCACCGACAUCACCCAGCACCGCACAGUAACCGUCAACCACAGGGAUACCCCGGGAGCCUGAGCCAUUCUGUGCCCCAGCCAGAGAACAGGAGGGACCCAGGUGCACCAGUGGCUGAUGCCAGCAGGGAAAUGCUGAUGAGAGAUAUGCCCAGAUAAUCAUAGCAAGUGACUCACAUGCCAUGCUGCAGAAGACGCUGGGGAUGAUAGCUUCCAUGAAAUGUCUGGUUGGCCUCGUGGGGGAUGGGAGGCAUCACAGCUACCAUGAAAUUAAUGGCUGGGCUUGUCAGGAUCAUGGCUCCCACACAUUGCCUGGCUGGGGAAACACAGCUCUCAAGAAACGCAUGGCUGGACCGGUGGGAAGCAGGGCGCCCAUAAAAUGCCUGGCUGAAUUUGUGGGGAUUAUGGAUCCCACAAAAACGCCUGGCUGGGGUGGUGAGGAUCAGGGCUCUUGUGACAUCUGUGGCAGGGCUGUUGCAGAUCCCCAGCUCGCACAAAGCCUGGCUUCAGUGGUGGGAUAACAGUUCCCACAAAAUGCCUGACUUGGCUCUUGGAAAUCAGAGCUCCCACAAAGUACCUGGCUGGUCUGGUGGGGAUCACGGCCCCCGCGAAAGGCCUGGCUUUGCUUGUGGGAAUUCCAGCUCACAAAGAAAUGACUUGCUGGGGUAUCACGGCUCCCAUGAAAAGCCGGGCUGGGCUGGUAGGGAUCACUACUACUACGAAAUUCCUGGAUUGGCUGAUGGGGAUUAGGGCUCCCUCAAAGGGCCUGGCUGGGCCGGUGGAGCUUGUAAAUGUGCAGUGCUCACUCAGACGAUAACCCUGGUGCUCACCAGGCUAAAGGAACUGGACCUGCCAAACAGCAAACGUUUCAGGCUUCAUGGGAAUUAUAAACUCCGUUGUAAGUCCCUUGAUUGGUGAAAUACAGAACUCAGAACAGCUGUGAACUCUAUAGGCUAGGGGUGUGGGUCAGAGAUUUCAUCAUCCAGUGCUGGACCAGUGAUACCCUGGGGAUGAGUAUAAUCAGUGGACUUGGAGAGCUAUGUUAGGUCCACCCCGUUAUACCCCAUAGAACCUCCCAAUAGGAGCAAGACCUGAACCCAGGGUAGCGUGGACCAGGCUAUUUCAGUCAACACAACAGUCUAGUCCCUGCAUUCCUUUCAUUUGGCCAAUGGCAAGGCUCAGCGGCCAAGAUACUGAAGACGAGUUCAUAAACAGGGGAGAAUAAAGUGCAGUUCUAUGUUUAUUAUCUUGCUGUGAUUCCAGAUUAAAUGUACUCAGGUUAGAAACAAAGAUAAAAAAAAUUCAUAAGUGUCAGGCUGGAAAUCUCAGCCUAGGAUCUGACAUUUUAGACAAUACUAGAAUCAUGCAUGUCUUUCUCUUUUUUUUUUGGUUAAAUAUCAGAUUUUAGCCUUCUAGGUCAUUAAGGAAACAUGAUUUGAAAGGCUCAAAAAGUAGGAAAGAAAUAGUAUUACACCCCUCCCCUCCUCCCCCAAUGUAGCAUUUCUUAAAUGAUUCUUGAUUUUUAAGGCAUCCUCAGGACUUUUGAGGCCUGACUCCUAGUUACUGCGAGCUGGGAAGUGCAAAAAUAAUGUGUAUUUUAGUUAAUCACCACCUGGGCAGUCCCUGCUGUGAGAGACAUGCCUCACCGGCUGUCAAGACCAGAAGUUGUGGGAGCGAGCAGAAGCCUGCCGGGCACCAAGCGAUGGUACUCUGCCUUGCCCUUGUGACGAUGGCUGCCUGAAAUCUCCACCACUUACUGCUUUGCAAGCGGAGUCACUCUGGAAUGCAACCCCGGCUGCUCCCAACCCUGCCCUCGGGAGCUACCGUAGCCCAGCAGGCAUGAGGCAUGCUUCAGCGAGGACCAUUGCAACAGGAGGAGGAGUGGAUCUACAACCUAUCCUGAACUAUACAAAUAUUUGUUUUGCAACUGUAAACCCAUCAGGAGGGAGGCAUCAUUAAGUGUGACAUACUGGUCUAUCACCAGAGGUGUCAUCUUCUCUCCAUCAAAAGGCAGCCCAUAGACACCAGACAAGCCUCAGUGGGCAAAAGAUUUGUUGAUUCUCCCCCCACAGCCAGGAAAAGGAGAGCUCACCCCAUCAGCUUGAACUCUGGCGGAGGGGGGGGGAAGGGAAUAAAAAUCCUGGUUAGAAGAACAAUUAUGUCUACGCUGCUUCAACUCUGAGGUUGCAAAGAACCCAGCCAAGUCAGGCAGCCACGCCCAGGCUUCUGCCCCCAGCAAGCGCAGCUGGGACAGGAAAUGGGCAGAGACGAGGAGAAUUGUUUGUAAUGUUUUAUUGACAGUACGUAACUGGAAAGCUGGAGAGUAGAAGGCAUAGGGGAAAGGAGAUCCCCAGCCACUGAGAACAGUCCUCUUAAUGGCACCACAGUAGCACAGACUUGCAAGAACUAACAGAGGGAAUUACUGCGUGACAGUCUCACUUCCAGGAACAUUUCAUAAAUCUCUGUCUCUCUCAUGUUCUCUUUUCUUCUCGGUGUUUUCCUAGCCCUCACUUCCCAUCCCUGUUUAUUUUCCUGGGUCUCUCCGACUGGCCUCUCUCCUCCCUGACACAGAUCAUUGGCUUCUCCAUUCUUUCCUGAUUUUAUCUCCUCCCCUCUUUCUGCUCCCUGGCUGGUUCCCCUGCCAGGCAUAUUUUCCUUUCACGCUUUUCAUUUCUAAUUUGCCACCAUCUCUCCCAGGCUCGCCCUUUCUUCUUGUUUUAUUUUAAUUCACAUUUUCCUCUCGCUUCUCCUAGUCCCUCUGGUUAAACCCGCCCUUUCCCUGCCAACCUCAGGAGUUUAAAAAAAAAAAAAAAAGAGACUGACCCAAAAUGAUGAUUUUUUUUCUAAAAGAUUA